AUGUACUGGUUAUCUCCUCUGCUUCUGACUCUCUCACUGACUUUUUUAUUCGAUAGUGGGCCAUGUAAGCUCCUUAAAAAUGAGUCACAGCACCAUAUGAGCGGUUGUCUAAUAGGCAUACUCAGUGAUUUUGCCGACGAAUAUCCUUCCGCUGAGGUUAUCGGAACCGACCUAUCUCCAAUUCAGCCUGCCUUUGUCCCACCAAACCUCCGCUUCGAAAUCGAUGAUGCGAGCGAAGAUUGGACAUUUCCGGAGGACCACUUCGAUUUGAUACAUAUUCGUGCCCUUUAUGGUGCGAUAUCAGACUGGCCGAAACUUUACUCCCAAGCUCUUAAGCAUCUGAAACCUGGCGCAUGGUUCGAUCAGAUCGAGAUGUCCAUAGAAUUCCGAUCAGACGAUGGAACCGUUACUGACGACCAUGUGCUCGCAGUAUGGUCGCGGACGUUUAUUGAAGCUGGUGAAAGGAUUGGCAAGACCUUCCGUAUCGCUGAUUUAGCCAAAAAAUAUAUGGAUGAUGCUGGCUUCGAAAAUGUUGUGGAGACGAGAUUCAAACUCCCCGUAGGAGGCUGGGGGAAAGACAAACAGAUCAAGCGGCUCGGCCAGUGGAAUCUUCUCCAUUGCGAAGAGGGCAUUGAAGGCUGGGCCAUGGCCUUACUUACCAGAGUCAUGCAGGUAUGUCGUUGUCCAGAUUUCUUCUUUUCCCCAUCUGUCGCCCCGGGUGUCCAAAAUUUUGACUUUCGCCAUCUCCUCCAGUGGACUUAUGAGGAGGUCCAAAUAUUUUUAGCUAAAAUGCGGGCCGGGCUUCGCGACCCGAAGACCCAUGCAUACUUCUAUGUGUAA